GAAAGUUAGACCCCAGCUGCGGCACCUGCACGUGCCGCCGGAAAUGUUAAAAGUGGGAAGAAAGUGGGUCGAGCAGAGGCGGGUGGUUAUUUAACCGAAAGCGCAUUCGAGACGAAAACCACUGCAAUGCACCUCCCAUGAACGUCACUGGCAACACACGGCAGGGGCCCACGACCGAGGGCAGCGCAUCGGGGAAAGGGCGCCGGCGCAUCAGGCCCUCUCGGGCACGUGGACUGAGAACCAGAACAGGAUGUCUCACUUGCAGGGAGAGACGCGUGAAAUGCGACGAUGGUAAACCUACAUGCUUGCGUUGCUCCAAAUCUCAUCGGGUCUGUCGAUAUACCCAGGAUGCUUUCCACGACGUUGAUCAGACCCGUGCCGCUACGGUCGGGAACAAUAGGGAUGUCACUAGAGCGCAACCGGACUCAAGUGUCGAGUGGCGUGAGGUAGUCCGCGUUAGCGAUGACCUAGCAAACGACAUACAUGCGACUCAAGCGGUAUCGCAAAGUCCUCACUCACAACAGGGAGAUAUUGGGACAGCAACGCAUUUUCAAGCUAGUUUUUCCGCCUCUGAUGAAAAUGCCGUGCCGAUGCACCGAACCGAGUCAACUGAGAUACCACACAAUAACAAUCUGAAUGAGCCUAACCAGCAAAGCCUGCCCAGCUUUGGCUCGACAUUCUCGGAAUCUCCGCUCUCGCUGAGCCAGGUAUCCCUGCUGAACAUCUCCCCCUUUGAAUGGUACGAUUUGUUGGCACGUGAUGCGAUCAGCAACAUCCAGCAUUUGUCUCAUACCUCCAAUGGAGAUUUGAGCUGGAAAUCAUUCGAGCUUGCCCUCUCUCGUAAACAGUCUCCAGUCCCAGAGUGUGCUGGCCCUCAGCUCGAACAAGCUAGAAGACCCGACGUGCAGCAGCACGAAAUCAACUUUAACGAUCGAGAUGGCAGACCUGACGAAUCUUCAUCAAAUGAUCAACGAUCAUCUGAACUUUGGAAUACAACAACGAGGAUAAAACUAUCGGAAAUUGACUUGAAGUUCUUCCGAUAUUACGUCGAAAUUGUUGGGCCAAUCCUGGACUUAUUUGAUCCUGCACGGCAUUUUAGUUACGUGGUUCCCCACCUCGCACUACAAAACUUUGGCCUCUUGAAGUCAAUCCUUGCUGUUGGCGCCAAGCAUAUGUCUCUUUAUUCCUUACAUGCACCUGAUGGAGGUGUAUCAGGUAACAAUCUCGCACUGGAUGCCAGUCCUCCGAUACAACCGGCAAGGACCGGUCUAUCGCCAGAUUCAGAUCAUAAUCCGAGACACAUGGCUACACAAUAUUAUUAUGAAACGCUUGGGUAUCUCUCAAAAACAUUACUUUAUCCCUCUUAUGCCGAGUCGCACGAGAUCUUAGCAACAGCCACCAUGAUCAGCACGUACGAGAUGUUCGAUGCCGACAGUGCCCCGAGCAGGGGCGUCUGGGAGCAGCAUCUGAGAGGCUCUUUCUGGAUUCAACGGUCUCAGGAUAACGAUGGCGAAUCUAUUGACGGCUUGAGACAGGCCGUUUGGUGGGCUUGGCUUAGACAGGAUAUUUGGGCAGCGUUUCAAGCGGGACGACCGACCAUCACCUUCUGGAAUCCACGAAAGCCUCUUGAAGACCUAAAUUCGGAUGAGCUGGCGACGCGAAUUCUCUACCUUUGUGGAAAGUGCGUGAAGUAUGCUGCCUCGGAUGGAUCACUAUCAAAUCAGGACCCAUGGAUGAAAAUCAAGCAAGGCGACCGACUUCUCUGCGCACUGGAUGAUUGGCGUCGUGCCCUUCCUGCUUCAUACCAGCCAGUCACUACCACCAUGAAUGCAACUUCAAAUACCGUAUUCCCACCUAUCUGGAUUCAUCCCAUGAAUCAUGCAGGUGCAAUACAGAUGUACCAUUUCGCGAGGACGGCUGUGUUGUUGAACCAACCCACGAUGGGAGGCCUAAGCACUUACAUGCAACGCGAAAAGCAACUUACCGAAAGCGUUAAAGUGGUCUGUGGGAUCGCCAAUUCUUGUCAGGAAAAUGAGCCUGCAAUGGCGUUUGUCAACGUGCAGUUGGCCGGUUUGUCCGCUCGCCCGAAAUGCGUAACGAGCUUCUUGAUAUUCUACGUAGAAUGCUUCGGAUUAGCGGAUUCCCCGCCAAAGGUCUUAUAACCCGACUCAAGAAGGGCUGGGAGGAAUGAUCUUUAUCGGGAAGUUUAUACUAUAUGCGACGCAUACUCAACGGGACCUUGUCCCAGUGGGAUCGUUUUCAUAAUUUGUAGUAUUUUCUACACCGUACUUAUAAGGCCUACCAAGCACCAACAAUUCCAGCCACCGGAAUAUCAAUGCCAGUGGUAUAUGAGGCACUGUCGGAGAGCAGGUAUACGUAAGCUCCGCCAAGUUCUUUGGGAUCGGCCAACCUGGGCAUGCCGCCAUAGUAUUGCAUCUUGAGAUCCCAGUCUGGAGCUUGAUCCACGAAAUAGGUCAUGGCAGUCUUGAUAAAGCCAGGCGAAAUUGAGUUCACGCGGAUACCAUGCUUAGCCCAUUCCAUUGCAAGUGUGUGUGUCAUAUUUCGCACCGCUCCUUUUGUCGCCCCAUAUGGAGCCGAAGGUGCUGCGCGGUUAGGGCGAUAGGACGUCAUAGAAGCAGUGAAGACGAUUGAUCCUUUAAUUUUCAGAUCAAUGAACCGACGAGCAACAGUCGUGGCGCAGAAGUAGGCACCAAAUACGUUGAGAUUGAAUAGCUGGUCCAAUUGGGCGCGGCUGAAGUCGAGGGCUGGCUGGUGCUUCGUCAUGCCAGCAUUCGCGAUGAAACCAUGGAUAGCACCUCGUGCCGCGAUAACAGCAUCAAUUGCGGAGGUAAUGCUCUCCUCAGAAGUGACAUCACAGCGGACGUAAUGUAGUUUAUUUGGGUUGGCUUUUUGUAGAGCAGCAAACUCUUCUCCGGGCUCGAAGAUGUCUAGGCUGAAAACGUCGGCGGCAUCGUUGGCUAAGCAGACCUCUGCGAGGGCUAGGCCGAUGCCCCGGUUGGCACCAGUGAUGCAAAUGACCUUGCCUUCCAGAGUAAUUUUCCAGUUGUGAUCGGGGCCUGGCUGGGUGUCUAGGAAAACAGGCGAUGCAUUCGACGCCGCUUGAUGUUGUGUUGUCAUAUCGUUGCCGUUUUGAUGGCCAUUGACUGCUGAGG